AUGUCCUUAUGUUUAUUCCAUUUUAAAACUAAUAAUAGAAAAUGUGAAGAUCGGAUGUAUAUCUACAGAGACACAAACAUGUAUUAUAAUAAUAUUAAGGUUUUAACUCAGCGGUGGUGGAUUCUAUAACAACUUAGGCUAAAAGUCUGGUUGUUGGAGGACUUUAAGCAAAAAUUUUUGGGAGUUUUAAUAUUUUCAUAUUUUUAGUUUAAGUUAAGUCAUUUAUUAAGGUUAAUAUGAAAAUGGUCAAAAAAUUGGCAAAUUGGAUAUAAAUUGGAAGAUUCCAUAAGGAAUUAAUGUUUUUGAAUAAAUGUAUCUAAAAUAAUUAUAUUAAUCUUCAUCUAUUAGUGGUGGUGGUUCAUUUAAUGAGAAAAAUAUGAAAAAUGGAAUUUGGGUUGAGGUAUGCGAUGGUUUCUUGGAGUAAUAGAUAAAUUAUUCAUAAUUCUUUUUAGUUACAACUAAUCUAUAUUUAGUGGUCAAUAUCUGA